AUGGCCUACAACUUACGUAAUUCCCUCCCAACAAUAUCAACCUUUCUCAUUCUUCUCAUACACUCAUUCACCUCUCUAACUAUCGCAGACAUCGCUCCCACUACUUCCACCUCUUCAGGAACCAUAUGCAAUUACACCCCAGACCCAUCUUACUGCAACUCUGUUCUUCCUCACCAUAACGGAAAUGUUUACGAUUAUGGCCGUUUCUCCGUUAAACAAUCAUUGUCACAAGCCACCAAUUUUUUGAACUUAGUUAACAAAUAUCUUCAAACCCGUUCCACUCUUUCCCCGGCCGUAAUCCUCGCCCUCGAAGAUUGCCAAACCCUUGCCGAACUCAACUUAGAUUUCCUUUCAACUUCCUUCCUAACAGUGAACAAAGCAACUAGUUUCCUACACACUUCACAAGCUGAAGACAUUCAAACCCUCCUUAGUGCCAUUCUAACCAACCAACAGACCUGCUUGGAAGGUCUUCAAGCCACUGCUUCAUCAUGGAGCGUCAAAAACGGACUCUCCAUUCCACUCUCUAACGACACUAAACUCUACAGCGUCUCUUUAGCACUCUUUACAAAAGGGUGGGUUCCCAACAACAAAACCACCGUCAACACUCAGCCAAGUGCCAAACAACUCGGGUUUCGAAACGGGCGUUUGCCGCUUAAGAUGUCACGCAAGACUCGCACGAUCUACGAGUCGGUGAGUCGGAGAAAGCUCCUUCAGGAUAAAGUGGGUGACGAGGUUGUGGUGAAGGACAUCGUGACGGUGAAGAAAGAUGGAAGUGGAAACUUCACCACCAUCAACGACGCCAUCGCUGCAGCGCCGAACAAGUCUUUGUCGUCGGGUGGGUACUUCUUGAUCUAUGUGAGUGCAGGUGUUUAUGAGGAAACCGUGUCCAUUGAUAAGAAAAAGACGUACUUGAUGAUGGUUGGAGAUGGCAUCAACAAGACAAUUAUUACAGGGAGUCGCAGUGUUUCUGAUGGCUGGACAACUUUCAAGUCAGCAACCUUCGCGGUGGUUGGCGCUGGAUUCGUGGGUGUCAACAUGACCAUCCGUAACACAGCGGGACCCUCGAAGCACCAAGCAGUAGCACUUCGAAACGGGGCAGAUUUAUCCACAUUUUACAGCUGCAGCUUCGAGGGGUACCAAGACACGCUCUACGCCCAUUCUCUGCGACAAUUCUACAGAGAAUGUGACAUCUACGGCACUGUAGAUUUCAUAUUUGGAAACGCUGCUGCAGUGUUCCAAAACUGCAACCUCUAUCCUCGCCUUCCAAUGAGUGGCCAAUUCAACGCCAUCACCGCACAAGGCCGAACCGAUCCGAACCAAAACACCGGCACUUCCAUCCACAACUGUACUAUUAGAGCUGCCGGUGAUUUGGCCGCAAGCAUUGGGUCGGCUUCAACUUAUCUGGGAAGGCCUUGGAAAAACUACUCUAGAACCGUUUAUAUGCAAAACUUUAUGGACAGUUUCAUUGAUGCUGCUGGGUGGCGUGAAUGGGACGGUGAUUUUGCUUUGAACACUUUGUACUAUGCAGAGUUUGAUAACUGGGGACCUGGUUCUAACACCACUGAGAGAGUGACGUGGCCCGGUUACCACCUCAUUAAUGCCACUGAUGCCGCUAAUUUUACUGUCUCUAACUUCUUGCUUGGAAAUGAUUGGUUGCCACAAACUGGAGUGGCUUACGCCGGUAACUUGAUAUAG